AUGGCGUCGCGAAUCAUGCAUGGCGACAGUCAUGCAUGCGCCAAAGUUUGCAAUUUCCAAAUCUGGGCCUGCCAAUUCCCAGACGACGUCGUUGCGGGACUGGCACAUGCCAUCACGACACUUUUACUUUUAACCUCGCAGGCGCUGCAAUGCUGCUUGGCCCUGAGGCGGGUAUGCAAUAUGCAAGGGGCUGCCCUUGUGGUUGUAGUCAAGGUAGCACCCGUGCCCGGCCGCCAUGGUGGACUUGGUCAGCGUACGGCAGGCGUGGCUGCGCUUGCCGUCUUGUUCUGCUUCUGCUUCCUUUUCUCCUUGCUCCUCCUCCUCCGCAGCGGGCUACGAGUCGUCGAGAGCGACCAGGGUGCCAUGUGCCAAUGGUGUGCAUCCGCGAGCCGAGCCAGGGUAGCAUUCAUUGCUCAGGAGGGUGGUCCAGGCGCAAGAGGUGAAGAAGCUACGGCACUCGGGAGCAUGAGCAGACAGCAGGCAGUAGACAGACAGACAGACAGCGGGCAUGGUGUUGCAGCAGUAGUAGUAGUAGUAGCAGCAGCAGGCUGUGUGCUGCUUUGGGCGGACGGGCCGGUGCAGCAAAGCGGACGGCGUGAUGGCGGGGCGGAUGGGCAGGAUGGGCAGGAUGGGCAGCGUGUGGUGAGGAGAAAGCAUGUGGGGCGUGAUUGGAGGUUCACGCCGCAGCCGUGCGUCCGGCGGUGCAGCAGGGCACGAUUGGGCAGAGGGCGGGCUGGUGGGCUGCUGGUGGGCUGCCGGGCUGCUGGUGGUAGUGGUGGAGGGCUGGUGGUCACAGCGCUGGCGCUGGGCAGGAGGCGGGAUCACCCUGGCCGAUGCGCUGCUGGCUGCAGCUGCAGCUAUGCGACCCAGGCGUCAAGACUAGCAGCUCCGCCACUCUCUCCAGCACCCUCACCUACCCUAGCUGCCACUCCCUCCUGCCGGGCUGCUGCUACUACUGCUGGCUGCUGUCACUCGCCAACACCUAGCCCCGCCGCCUGUCCUCGCCCACACGCCCCCUUGGCCGCCCGUGGUCCUGCUGCUCUGUUGCUGCUGCUGCUGUUGUUGCUGCUGCUGCUCUUCUUCUACUUCUUUGCUCGUUGCCCGUGCCAGCUCCCUCCCGUCGAGCUGCGCUCCGCAUUGCCGUCUCCGUCUCAAGCUGCCACAGCAGCCGUCUGCACCAAGCAACACCUCUCCACCACCCCCGGCCAAUCAGCACCCCUCUGCGCCCACCCCCACCUUCCCUGCUCUCGCCCGCCCGCCGUCUCGCCUUCCCUCCCACGCCGUUGCAGGAGGCGCCUUCCCCGCUCCUAUAGCACCGCCAAAAUCAACAUGUGUACCAAGGUCGUACACAAAUACGGCUGCGGCCAUGAGAUUGCGGAAAAGGCUCCCUGCGCCACGUCGAGGACAUCCCCCUGCGGCGUGAGCAAUACAAAGACUGUCAAGCACGACGAGAAGUGUGAUAGAUGUGAUCAUUGA